AUGGCCGGCCGCCUGACCUGCUGCUGCUGCCUCCUGCUCUGGGCCCUGCGCCUUCCCCCCGCCGCCGGGGGAAGCGCCGCCGGCCGGCCCCCCGCCUGCCCCGCCGGCAGAGCCCCCCGCGGGGGCUCCCCGCCGCCGCCCCCCGCGCUGGGCGGCCUCGCCCAGGACAUGGUCGCUGUCCACAUGCUUAAGCUCUACGAGAAGUACAACCGGCACGGGAGCCGGCCCGGGGACGGCAACACGGUGCGCAGCUUCAAAGCUACGCCAGAAUUUCUGGCCCAGAAGCCGCUGUACUGCUUCAACCUGACAUCCAUGCAGGACUCAGAGAUGAUCCUUGCUGCCACAUUUCACUUCUAUGCUGACAAACGCCCUCGGCACCGGGAAGUGUUUUGUAAACGGUCCAAGAACUCAUCCUGCCGCCUCCUUCACCUGCCUCCCAUCCUGCGCCUCAACCUCAUUUUCCAAACCAUCCCCCAGAAUUCUGCUUAUGGACUAGUGAAAGGGAACAUCACCGUGUUUCUUCAAAGGCGAGGGGCUUGGCAUGCAAAGGACAUUUCACACAUCAUAAAAGAAUCAAAACGGGCUGCAGAGCUCAUCCUCUGCGCUGAGCUUGAUUCUGGGGAGGAGCACCACGGCUUCCCCGAACAGGUCACCAGCCAUUUGCCUUAUAUUCUAGUUUAUGCCAAUGACCUUGCAAUCUCUGAACCCAACAGUGUGGCCGUCACCCUACAGCGUUAUGACCCAUUCCCUUCCAGUGAUGGGGACCAAAAUCUGUCACCUAAUGUUUCUACUGAUACCCGAGUGAGAAGGGACACAUACCUCUCUAGCUCUAUUCAGAACAAUGAGUUGCCAGAGGUAGAGUAUAACAACAACAAAUACAACAAACAUGACAUAUGGGAGAAUGCCUACAAGUCCUUGAAACCAAAAGGCUCACGCAAAGACAGAAGGAGAAAAGGGCAAGAAAACACAGAAACACUUGCAAAGUCUCAGGUGCUAAAUUUUGAUGAGAAAACAAUGAAGAAGGCAAGGCGAAAACAAUGGAAUGAGCCACGGAUUUGUUCAAGAAGAUACAUGAAAGUUGACUUUGCUGACAUUGGCUGGAAUGAAUGGAUCAUAUCUCCCAAAUCAUUUGAUGCCUACUACUGUGCAGGGACAUGUGAAUUUCCAAUGCCUAAGGUUGUCCGACCAUCAAACCAUGCUACAAUCCAGAGCAUCGUAAAAGCAGUGGGAAUCAUUCCUGGCAUCCCAGAGCCCUGCUGCGUUCCUGACAAAAUGAGCUCCCUCAGUGUCCUGUUCUUAGAUGAGAAUAAAAACGUUGUUUUGAAGGUAUAUCCCAAUAUGUCGGUGGAAACCUGUGCCUGCCGAUAA